AUGAUUGUUGUCUAUCCAUUCAUGCUAUCUUUCUUCUUACAAGUCAUUAUUGUUUCCUUAUGGCCAUGGGGAGCAUACUGGCAGAAUCAUAGCAGCUCUCCAGUCAUGAAAUGGUUACUACAAAUCUUCUUUUACAUUCCAAGACCGGCUACAAAUCUCGGAUUCUUUUCCCAAUCAAUUGUUUUCUUUGCUUUUAAUAUCAUUAACUCAUCUUUCGUUCGAUUUCAAAUAAUUUAUUACAAAUUUAGACGGAAAUUCGUGACUUUUCUUUUUUACCCUAUUCGAUUUUAUUACGAUACGAUUUUAAUUGCAUCUUACAUUCCUGUUUUAAUAGGAUGCGGCGAAACUUUUUAUAUUAUUGCGAAAGGUUCAAAAGACGUUAAAAUUAUAAUAGCUUUUGUCCUCAAUCUUAUAUCAUUAAUCUACGAAUCUCAUGCCUUUGUUACAGUUCAGAGUUUUGCAUCUAAAUCUGUUUGUGUAAAUUUAUCCCCAUUGUUCAACUUUGAUCCAAGCGUGAUGAUUUAUAAACUAUAUACAAUGCUUACAGUUUUUCUUUUAUUCUUUAUUUUACUUCUAUUCGAAAGUUGGGCACAAUUAUUUGCAAUCGUCAUUCAUUUAUUCUUUUACGGCUAUUUUCUAUACUAUACUAUUAAGCACAUGCCAUUCGUCGAUACGCUUACGCUCAGUAUGACAAUUGGAUGGUUUUCAUCCUGUAAUACAGCCGAUAUCUGCAUUUUUAUCGGAUAUUUCGUACCUAAUAUGUCAACAAAAAUCCCGCUUAUUCUUACUUUAGGCGCUUUUGCCUUUUUCAGCAUAAUUGGAUUCAUUAUAAUUCAUUUUCGCAUGAAAUGGCUUCAUGGGCUCAUGAAAGAGGACAGAAGAGAUCAAGAACAAGCAGACGCAUAUUAUACAAACAUAGGAUUAGACUGGGACGAAGAUUUUGCAUUAAUUUGUUUAAGAUACAGUUUCAUCAACACGAUGCCUCCUUUUUACAACAUGACAUUGAUAAACUACAUCUUAGACAGAUAUGACAGUGAGUUAAUCCUAUGUACGUGCCUCCAUUUAGUCAAUUUCUUCCCAAAAGAAAUCAAAAUGAAACAAAAAAUCAAAAAAAUUUUACAAUCAAAAAGAUCUUUGAAUUAUUUGUCCCGUUUUCUUAUUUAUCAAGUUAACAAUGUUUCAGGAAUUAGACAGUAUGUUGAGACAGAAGAAAACAAGCUCAAACACAUCGAACUUAGAACUCUUUCCAGACAAGUAGAAACGAUUACAAGAUACGCAAUAGAAAACAACCAAUUAAAUCCAAAUUAUUUUGAAUAUUUGGGUCAGAAAGCGUCAAAAGUGAGGUCAAUUUGGAAAGAGCAGCUUGCAAGUUCACCGAAUAAUCCUAGGACAUGUGAUGAGUUUUCGAGGUAUUUGUUAGAAUGCGAAUGUGAUUUUCCUGAAGCAAUAAAACUGAAAAAUAGACAAGAUGUAAUUGAACUUGGUUAUGAUUUUUCUAUUGAUUAUUCUUUCAGAACGAUGAUUUCUGCUUUCCCUGAUUAUUUAAUAAAAGGAAUUGUUGAUUUCCAUGGAAAGAUAAUUGCGUACGAAGAAGAUAAACCACCACAAAAUGACCAAGAAAACAACAACUCUUUUGCAGAUCCAAGGAACAACCAAGCGAAAAAGAAAGGAAAAAUUAACAGGAAACUUGAUGAAUAUUUACAAGAUGAUGAACAGCUUGAAACAGAAAUCGAAGAAUAUAUAGGAAAAAGAACUUUGAUUCUGUCAAAAACUCGUUUAGCUCUUCAUAGAUUUCUUGAAAACAAAAUUCCUUUCUGCAUCAGAAAAAUCAAAUUGAUUUUUUUAAUUGUCGCAAUAAUCCUUGUCGCUGUUUUCAUAACAGGAAUCAGUUUAUCUUCAUAUUAUUUAUUCCAAAGAGUUGAAAAAAUGAAACAGCUUGAUUCAAUGAGUGCUUCUCGUUUCUAUUCCGGUGUUGCGAAUAUUGCAAUUGUUAUGAGUUAUUAUAAUUCAACAGGAAAAUUCAAACGAUUUUCUGAUAAAAUUCUGGAUUAUAUAAAUGAAACGAAAGCAUCAAAAGACACUGGAAUAAUCAAUAUCUACUCAAACAUGUUGCGAAACAACCUCAAUUUCUCAACAUUGGCUUCUUCAAACUUCCAAUCGAUGAUAAACAUUUUCGCGGAUUUAGCAAUGGAUGGUGAAGACAUUUAUAACUUUACUUAUAGUUUGAUAAAGCCUGUAACUUACAUGACAAUUUGCGAUGAAAGUGGAAACUUUGUUAAUGAUGUAUACACGAGUUACGGAUCAAUGCAAUCGACAGUUUUCGCCAAUCAGCGGUUGUUCUCAAAUUACGAUAAUAUAACGUUAAAAACCGCUUGCGAAAUAACGUAUAAUUUCAGAAAUCUUUAUUUCAGUUCCAAAUAUUUAUUUACAAAUGUUUCCAAUUUCCAGAGACGCGGUGAUGGGAAAUUAUUAGUAGCGUUUACUUUGAUAUAUUAUAUUCUUCCUCCUGUUGUCUUUUUACUUAUUUUUGUUCCUUUCUUGGUCAUUCAUUUCAUGACAAGAAAAUCAAUGUAUCAAAUUAUUCAAAUGAUUUAUUCAUUUGAUAUAAAUGACAAGCAGUUCGCGAAGGGACAAAUAUCUAUCAAUGGAGGUGAAGAAGAAAGUACAAUCCAAGAAAGCCAUGUUUCAAGAAAGUUUGGUUUCUUCUUGUUGAUUUGUAUUUUGUUAGUUUCAAUAAUUUUUCUCGCUCUGGCAUUUUUAUCCGCAAAAGUUAUUUUGAAUUCAAUUGAUGACCUCCAGAACUUGAAUGUUUGGAACAAGUUUUCAUCACAAAGACUAUCACUUUCACCAGAACUCUUCAAUGUCUUGAUAUUGAGUUUAGUCAAAAGAGAUAUUCCUGAUUCUUAUGAUGCUUAUUCUAUGAAUGAUUUGAUUGGAGCUCUGCGGUUUUUAGUUCAAGAAUUCGUUCAAGCGGAUGAAGAUUUAAUAGGAGGAACGAGUACUUCGAAUCCUUGCUAUGGAUAUGAUGCUGAAUUAGAUGAACUAAAUGUUGGAAACUCGAUAGAUUUGACGAAUGUUGGCAGUCCUCAAAAAUAUUACUCAGAAGUUUCAAUUCAUUCACAGAUUUCCAUUUUCUCGAAUUAUAUUGAUUCUCUAGUUUAUUACCUUGAAAAUGCCACAUCAAUGGAGAUUCCUACUUCAUUAAUCGCUAACUUGAUUUUCCUUGCAAAUUACAAUAUGUGGGAGCAAAUUAUUAAAGCGAAUGAUUUGAUAACUCAAUUGGCUCUCGACGGAUAUUACAAAGCCAUGAAUUUAUCUGUUGUUAUUAUUAUUAUCAUUUUCGUUUUUCUUUUUAUUCUUUAUAUAAUUGUCCAUUUCUAUUACAUGAACAGAGAUUUGACUUACAAAGCGAUUCUUUUCGUUGUCAAAAGAUUUUCUCCUUACGCUUUAUUAGCCAAUAAAAUGUUCAACGAAAUCUUUUUGUCGACAAAACCUGAAGAAACAAAUGACACAAAGUCUCUCGAGUACACAAUUAUAAAGAACUCCCAGAACGCCAUCUUCUUCACUAACACAAUUGGUAUUGUAGAGCAGAGUAACCAAGGUGUCAACACUUUGCUUGGUUAUACUCCAGAACAAGUUUUAGGCCAAUUAGUUCAAACAUUUUUAAUACCAAAAGAUAUGGACGAUUUCACUGUGAAAUUGGAGCAAAUGAAGAACAACCAGAGCUCGUAUUUCAUAGAAGAAGAUUACACUGCAAUCGCAGAUAAUGAGAAAUUAAUCCCUGUCCAUUUGACAUUGAUUGGAAUGAAAAAAGAAAAUGUUGUAAAUUCUUUCGUUGUUUUGAUGCAAAAUAUCGAGAAUUUGACAAACCAAAAGAAACAAGCUGAAGAAGCCAAAAUGAAGUCCGAAAAAUUGUUGUAUCAGAUACUCCCAAGAGAUAUUGUCUUGAAGCUCAACAAAGGAGAAAAAGAUAUCUCUUUCGUUGUCCCUUCAGCGACAAUUAUUUUCAUCGAUAUCAACAAAUUUUCUGAGUACUCUAAAAACUUGACACCUCAAGCGAUUAUGUCAAAUUUAUCGUAUUACUUUGCACAGCUUGACAGAGUCGCCGGCAAGUACGGCAUGAUACAGAAGAUAAAGCUGAUCGGAGACAUUUACAUGGCGGCUAGCGGUUUGUUCAAUCCAGAUAGUCCACCAGAAAGUCAUGCAGAACAAGCUGUUCAGUUCUCGCUCGCAUGCUUAGAUGCGUUGGAUGAUGUUAACAUACACUUGGAUUCCCACUUGGAGAUCAGAAUUGGCAUAAAUAGUGGUGGUCCAAUUAUUGCAGGUGUAUUAGGUACUGAUAAGCCUGUUUUCGAUAUCAUAGGUGAUCCCAUUAAUGUUGCUGCAAGACUUCAAAGCACAUCAGAAGUGAAUAGGGUCCAUGUUUCGCAGGCAACCUUGAGUUUGAUUAAUAAUAUUACUUAUGAAGUUACGCCAAGAGGAGAAACGUUCCUUAAGGGUAAAGGAAAACAACUCACAUACUAUAUUACGAUAGCAGAUGUUAAUAUUAACGACUCUCCACCUCAAUCUAAAUUCGAAUCGAAACUUAGUCUGCAUAAUAUUGCUGUUAACCCACGAAAUAGCUUAGCAAACUUAGAUUUGUUCUCAAAGAUUGCACAAUCUAAGAGCGUUAGCGGAAAUCUACUUUUAUUGCCUGGAUUGAGAAUGACAAACAAUUCUACAACGAACUUGUUAGGAAAAACAGCAGAAAUUCAUUCAUCUCGCAGAGAUAAUUCUAUUAUUGCCUCAACAAUUCAUGAAGAAGAGGGAGAAAUUCCAGGAAUCAAAGAAGAAGAAUAA